AUGUGGAUGGCUCAAGACUUCGUUGGCAGCAACAACGUAAGUUUGCUCAUCCCCAAUGGCCAAUUUGGAACUCGGCAUCAGGGAGGUAAAGAUGCUGCGAGUCCUCCGUUGAUCUCCACGAGUAUAUCGAAGUUGACACGCCUAAUCUUUCACCCACAAGAUGGUCCAUUGUUGACACACCGUAUGUACGGUGAUCAGCGCAUCGAACCCGAGUUUUAUGCUCCAAUUAUUCCAUUAAUCUUGGUCAACGGAACUAGGCAAAUCGGUAUGAGUUACAAUCCGCGUGACAUCACUGAAAAUCUGAAGCGAAUGUUGGACGAUGAAGAACCUAUCCCCAUGGAUCCUUGGUUUAAAGGGGGACUGUUGAAAGAAUUGAUCAGCACAACUGAAAUGGAAAAUGCCCUUCAAUCACCAGACCCGGUUCAAAGUAUUGAAAAUUGA